CACUUUUUCAAUUUCUUUCUUUUCUUAUCCCUAAAAAAAUGUGUGGUAUUACUGCGCUUAUAUUAGCAGAUCCAAAUGGUGUUGCAUGCCCAGAUUUGUUUGAAAGUUUAGGCUUGCUUCAACAUCGUGGCCAAGAUGCUGCAGGAAUCGUCACUUGUGGAGCUAAAGGACGCUUAUAUCAAUGUAAAGGAAAUGGGAUGGUGAGAGACGUGUUCAAUGAAAGUCAACUAUCCAACCUUGUAGGAAGCCUGGGUGUGGGCCAUGUCCGUUACCCCACAGCAGGUACCAGUGCAAUGUCUGAAGCACAACCUUUCUACGUUAAUUCACCUUAUGGAAUCGUCUUUGCUCAUAACGGAAACUUGACGAAUGCUAGAGAAUUAAGAGAGUUUUUAGAUAAAGUUGCUCACAGACACAUCAACACUGAUUCUGACUCUGAAUUAUUGUUGAACAUUUUAGCUGAUAACUUGCAAAAGACUGGCAAAUUCAGAGUGAAUGAAGAAGAUAUCUUUACAGCCAUCAAAGAUUUGUAUCAACAAUGUAAAGGAGGAUAUGCCUGUGUUGCAAUGAUUGCAGGAUUUGGUAUCAUCGGUUUCAGAGAUCCCCACGGUAUCCGUCCAUUGAUUUUGGGUAGAAGACAAACAGGGGCUGGUUAUGAUUAUAUGUUUGCUUCCGAAAGCGUCGUCUUGGAAGCACUCGGAUUCACUGAUUUUGAAGAUAUCAAGGCCGGUGAAGCCGUUAUUAUCACUCGUGAUCAAGUGUCUCGUCGUCGCUUGGCUGUUGAACAGACGAUCGCUCCUUGUAUAUUCGAAUACGUCUAUUUCGCUCGUCAAGACAGUAUUAUUGAUGGAAUUUCAGUUUACAAGGCUCGUCUUGCUAUGGGUGAGGCAUUGGCUGAACAAGUCAUAAAGGCAUUCCAAGAUAAUAUGGAUAUUGAUGUUGUUAUUCCCGUACCUGAUACGAGCCGUGCCGCCGCUUUACAAUGCUCUCGUAAAUUGAAUAUUGUCUAUCGUGAAGGCUUUAACAAGAACAGAUAUGUUGGCAGAACUUUUAUCAUGCCUGGUCAACAAGUGAGACGCAAGAACGUUCGUCGUAAAUUGAAUGCAAUGGCAUUGGAAUUCCAAGAUAAGAACGUAUUAUUGGUAGAUGAUUCCAUCGUCAGAGGAACCACUUCCAAGGAAAUCAUCCAAAUGGCCCGUGAAGCAGGAGCGAAGAAAGUGUAUUUUGCAUCAUGUGCACCCCCUAUUCGAUACCCCAACGUAUAUGGUAUUGACAUGCCUACACGAAGCGAGCUGGUGGCUCAUGGAAGAGACGUGGAUGAGAUUGCAGAGGAGAUAGGAGCUGAUAAGGUUAUUUAUCAAGACUUGAAUGAUUUAGUACAAUCUGUUCGUCAAUUUAAUCCUAUGAUUGAAACAUUUGAUACAUCUGUGUUUGAUGGCAAAUAUGUGACAAAAGAUGUGAAUGAAGCAUACUUUGAACAUAUUGAACAUGAGCGAAAGUUCUCUGAAAAAGACAGAGCAGAUGCAGACAAUGAGAGUAUAGGUUUGCAUAACAAUUAUAAAAAAUAAUUCCUGUUUAUAUAAAAUGCAUAAAACAAUAAAAGCCAACAAUACGAAUAGAGUUAGAUGUAAUAUGUAUGUAAGGCUAUAUGAUACAUUGAAGCGUAGUUACAGAAUCAUGUUUAUGUGUAUUCAGUAAGCUAAGAUCAUCUUGGCUACCUUUUGAACUUGACUAUAUUAUUUGGCGUAAAAUAACAGCCUAUGACCAAACGGGGCAUCAAUUACUGCGAACUACAAUAUAAAACUCCGUAACGGAGUUGACUUUAAAUAAAACCGGAGCAUUGGCUCCCUUAUAAAAAGGGAGAGAAUAAAAGCGUUCUUCUUCCGCUUUACUUUAUUUAUUUUC